AUGAAAGGCGGAGUAAAUGGAUGGACGGGUGAACUGACCGCUAACUUUAAGAUGAAAUGUCUGUUCCAUUCGUUGGCCACUAAGCGAAAGGACAACACAUUUGUAAACGUCUUCAUCAGUUCUGUCGAUGUGAGAGAUAACCAAUGGUUCGAAGCACUGCUCAUCCAUUCGACGUCUAACACCAUAACGAUUGUCAAUCUUUCGCCGAUCACUGCCUAUGAUAUUAGAGUUAAACUGGAGAAUGAGAUUGGAUUCAGUGAUUAUAGCAAUGCUAUCACUAUUACUACGACAAUGGAAGCACCGUCAGUGCAACCGCAAGACGUACAGUGUGUGGCACUUGACUCGAGAUCAAUCAAAAUCUCGUGGACU